GCCAGCCUAAUAGACGUAACUGGUAACUGCUACUAGGAGCACGAGUUAUUCAGGUUUAGUGGUCGGAACGUUUCUAUCGUGCAAGUAGCAAUGCCCGUAGACGUAAGUAAAUGGACAGGUCCUCUCCAGCUCACUGAAGUGGAUAAACAACCUGCUCAUCCCCUUGUAGUAAAAUAUGCUGGCGUGGAAAUUGAUGAGCUGGGUAAAGUCCUCACUCCUACACAGGUAAAGGAUCGUCCCAUCAGUAUCAGCUGGGAAGGAUGCUCUUCAGACAAGCUGUACACCAUCUGUAUGACUGAUCCUGAUGCCCCAAGCAGGAAGAAUCCCAAGUUCAGAGAGUGGCAUCAUUUUCUCGUGGCUAAUGUGAAAGGCAAUGACAUUAGCACUGGAUGUGUUAUGUCCGACUAUGUUGGUUCUGGGCCUCCCCAGGGAUCAGGUCUCCACCGUUACGUAUGGCUAGUUUAUGAGCAGCCUGGUGAAAUAAAAUGCGAUGAACGGGUUCUUUCUAACCGUUCUGGUGAUCAUCGAGGCAAAUUUAGUGUGGCAAACUUUGCCAAGAAGUAUGGACUAGGAGCUCCAGUAGCUGGCACGUGCUACCAAGCAGAGUGGGAUGAUUAUGUGCCCAAGCUUUAUGAACAGUUGUCUGGAUAGUGUAAAAUGUAGUGGAGUAGCUUUAAUGUAUAUCCUGUCCAUUCUGUAACCUUAAACUAAUGGCGUACAUAGUUAAUGCAGAUUAAAAGAACAUUGUAAUUGUCAUGUCGCAAAAAAAUGCAUAUGGGGAAUACUACUCUUCUCCACUUCCUUUCCCCAAGUUGUAUGCAGAAUGUCAGAGAAGCAGUCUUGUAUUAAAUUUUGUAUUUCCAAAAAACUUAUUUUGCUAGACUUACUGCAGAAUUAACCUAAGAUUGCAUUUCCUCAAUUUCUCUCAUGUCUUUACAUGAGAUGUAAAAGUGCUUUUUAUUGGGUGGUAGUUUAGCAAACUUUCCACAGCUGUUCAUUAAAUUUUCAAAUGUUUUGCGAUCUGUAUUUUUUUUUAUUUUUAAGUUGAAUGUUAAUGUGAUGUGGGAUUGCUUAUUAACUUGCUCCAUUACAGAUUAGUGUAAUCUGUAGAAUAGCAGAUGGUAUCCCUUGUUUACCAAAGGAAUAAAGUAACUGCUGGUUGUAUAAACGGA